AUGUUAUAUACGAUGUCUAUGUAAGUAAGUCUACGAGUAAUCCGAGAAAUCCGUAUGCUCUUAGAUGCUGGUGUCAAGGAAAUGAUUGUGUUAGAUUACUAAACCAAGCCCUCACCCCCGAGACACUGGGAUAUAAUGCUUUUAGGGGAAGUGAUUUUUAGGCAUUUGGCUACUCUCAUCGUAUUUCCAGGAACUUAACUACUGUAGCUUUCUUCAUUUCUCUCAAGUAUCGUUGCGGUGUGGUGGAAUAAAGGUUAGUUACAUACAUAUCUGUCAUAUUGGUCCCGUAUCGUGAGAAGAGUACGGUAAGAGAUGUCUAAAGAAAAACGCAAGAGAGUGAUUGUCAUUGGCGCCGGAGCCGGCGGCAUCGCCACCGCCGCCCGCCUCGCCAAAUCCGGGCUCUCCGUAACCGUUCUCGAGAAGAACCCCUUCACGGGCGGUCGGUGCAGCCUCCUCACGCACCUGGGCCAUCGCUUCGACCAAGGGCCCUCCCUCCUGCUCCUCCCGAAACUCUUCCACGAGACCUUCGCCGACCUCGACACCUCCCUCGCCGCCGAGGGCGUGACGCUCCUCCGCUGCCCGACAAACUACAAGGUCUGGUUCGCGGACAGCGCGAGCUUCGAGCUGUCGACGGACCUCGCGCGCAUGAAGGCGCAGAUCGAGCGCUACGAGGGCGCCGACGGCUUCCGCAGGUACUUGGCGUGGCUGCGGGAGGCGCACCGGCACUACGAGCUCAGCGUGUCGGAGGUGCUGAGGCGGAACUUCACGUCGUGCUGGGACCUCGUGAUGCCGCGGUUCGUGGCCGCGGGCCUGAAGAUGCACCCGCUGCACACGAUCUGGGGGCGCGCGAGCAGGUACUUCGAGAGCGAGAGGCUGCGGCGCGUGUUCACGUUCGCGACGAUGUACAUGGGGAUGUCGCCGUUCGACGCCCCGGCGACGUACUCGCUGCUGCAGUACACGGAGCUGACGGAGGGGAUCUGGUAUCCGAGGGGCGGGUUCCACACGGUGCUCGCGGCGCUGGUGAGGGUGGGCGAGAGGUUCGGGGUCGAGUACAGACUUAACGCGCCGGUGGAGCAGAUUCUGGUGGGCGAGGACAAGAAGACGGCGUGCGGGGUGAGGCUGGAGUCGGGGGAGGUGCUGGAGGCGGAUGUCGUGGUGGUCAAUGCGGACCUCGUGUACGCGUACGGGAACCUGUUCCCGCAGACAGCCCAAACGUCCAGUUACAGCCGCUCCCUACAAAAGCGCGACGGCUCCUGCAGCUCCAUCUCCUUCUACUGGAGCCUCGACCGCCAGAUCCCGGAACUCCAAACCCACAACAUCUUCCUCGCGGACGAGUACCGCGAGUCCUUCGACGCCAUCUUCGACCGCCAGUCGCUCCCCGACGAGCCGAGCUUCUACAUCAACGUCCCCAGUCGCAUCGACCCCUCCGCGGCGCCCGAGGGGUGCGACUCUGUGAUCGCGCUCGUGCCGACGGGACAUUUGCGGGAGUCGCGGGGAACAGGAGGAGGGGAGGCAGGAGCCGGCCUCCCCCACGACCAAGACUGGGCCUCCCUCGUCUCCCGCGCCCGCGCCGCCGUCCUCUCCACCAUCUCCACACGCACCGGCUGCCCCCCCCUCAGCACCAGCAUCACGCACGAGAUCGUCAACGACCCGCGCGCCUGGGAGGCCAAGUUCAACCUCGACAAGGGAUCCAUCCUGGGGCUCAGCCACAGCUUCUUCAACGUUUUGUCCUUCCGCCCGCGCACGCGCGCGAGGGGGUUGAGGAAUACGUAUUUUGUGGGUGCUAGCACGCACCCUGGCACGGGUGUGCCGAUUGUGUUGGCGGGGGCGAGGAUCACGGCGGCGCAGGUGUUGGGGGAUUUGGGUGUCGUGGUUCCGUGGGAGGGGAGGGGGCAAAGGGGGGGAGAUGGGGAGGAGGGGGAGAAGAAGAAUAGGGGUGACAGGAUGAGGAUGAUGGAUGCAUUGCAAGAGCCCUUCUCGUUCGGGUUUGUUGUGUAUCUGUUGUUAGCUGUACUGCUUGUGUGGCUGAUGCGUUACUGGGGCCUUGUCUUUUAGUAGUGGUAGUCGUAGUACCUAGUUCGGCUUUUAGGGGUUUUCGAUUCGAGACUCCUUUACCUAGGUACAUUCUAAAUAGGUAGGUAGAUCAUAUACUUCUCUUCUUUUUAUUACAUAAUUAAUACGAGUAGAAGAUGGUA